ACUGUCUUUGGCACUGAUUAUCGAGUUUACAGUGCCUUUAUGUGAUUUUAAAAUACGCUUAACCCCCUCUCAUUUUUUUUUAUUAUUAUUUUAUUUUUUACUAUUUGUCUUGUAAUAGUAGGCCUAUGUGUCAUAGUGUUUCCUCUAUAAAGGCAAACAUUUGCUAGGGGGAAUGAUGAGUCCAUUCCAGACAUUUUCCCUGAUGACAUAUUGGCACAGAGAUUUGAAACCGUUCAGCAUGGUGAUUAGCGGCAGUACAGUGUCGUGCAACAGGAUCAGAGGCAGUUUCGAUGCUCCUCCCCGUUAAAUCCACCUGCGGUACCACCUGCAGCAGAGCAACACUUACGGACCUGAGGCCGGGACAACAGCAGCAUGGGAGGCUUCUACUUCAGUGAAAAGAUGGAAGGAAUUUUCGCCUACGAGAGUUCAGAAAUUGACUGGUGUGAAGACAACUACCGACACUCUGAACAUGUAGUGGAGUACUUCAACACUAUAAGCAGCUUUAGUUUCUUCAUUAUAUCUCCCAUCAUGCUCUACCUUCUACACCCUUAUGCCAAAGAAAGGAACCUGGCAAUUCACACAGUCUGGGUCAUGAUGAUAUUUGUAGGUGUCUUCUCUGCGUACUUCCACAUGACACUUAGUUUCGUUGGCCAGAUGUUGGAUGAGCUGUCUAUACUGUGGGUCCUGGCGGUGGUAUAUGCAGUCUGGUUCCCCCGCAGACUCUUCCCUUCUUUUAUAAAAGACAGGUCAACAUUUUCAAGCCUCGUACUUGUGAUUACUGUCAUCACCACAGUGUCGUCAUUUGUCAAACCUACAGCCAAUGCCUAUGUUUUGAACUGCUUCGGCCUCCAUAUGCUUUAUAUUCUGGCUGUCGAAAUGAGAUGCUGCAACGACCAGAAGGUUCUGCGACUGGCCAAGAUGGCAGUGGCUAUGUGGGUGCUCGCUAUCUCAUGCUGGAUUAGUGACCGCUUUGGCUGCAGCUUCUGGCAGAGGCUAAACUUCUGCUACCUCCAUGGUUUUUGGCACAUUCUGAUUGUGAUAGCUGUGGCCUAUGGCAGCACUCUGAUAGCUUACCUGGAUGCCAACUAUGAGAUACCCUACUCUCUGCCUGGACUGCAGUACUGGCCGUGUGAUAAAUGGGCUGUUGGAUUACCUCACAUUGUCCUAAAGGGCACUACUAAAACACAGAAACGGUGCUAACAAAGUCAAAGUCAUUGGUGGAACAUUUAUAUUUGUACACUCCAUUAUUUCAAAUUAUUUCAUCUAGUGACCUUUACUCAGCCCCACCUUCAUACCUUAUAAACACAAUCUGUGGAAAAAGUUGCCUCACCACAAAAACGACCUAUCACUAGAUAACAACUAAAUGUAAGUUACAGUUGUUAUCUGGUCCUGUUCAAAAAGGACUGUUUCACUGAUGGUCACAUAAUUAUGAUUUUAUCAGAUUUGUAAUACAAAUGCAGAACACAGGUAAUAUUACUUUAAUUUAAAUAUUUGCCCUUCGUUUGUCUUUUCCUGAAGUAUAUAUAUAUAUAUAUCCUGAAUGACUGUGAAAAUUAUAGAAAUUGUGUGUAUUUUUGAAAAGUUUGUCUUUGAUAGUUAUGCAUGUGUUUUUUGUAUAUAUAAAUUAAUUGCUGUGAUUUAUUUUCAAGAUAUGAAUGCACAUUUGAUUCUGUGCAUGGCAGAAUAUAUUGAUGUACUGUAUGUUUUCUUACGAUAAAAUGGUUAUUUUUCUAAGAAACAAUAACUACUGUCAUUCUUCAGUGUGACAGUUUAUUUGAGUGAAGCACCACAGUGAAAUGAAGUGAAGUGUUUUUAAAAUACCUUUACAGGUAGUUGUUUCACAGUCAUAUAAUCUGUCCUCUGGGCUAGUUUGAGCUGUAUAAGAUCAACUGAGUUUUGUAGUAAAGUUCAGAUAAUUUUCUGGUAUAUUUCUCAGGAAAAACUGCAUUUGUAUGACUGACCACAGCAAUCACCUGCAAAUAAGUUUUUCGUGUGACUGAAUAAUCACUUUUAAAAACAUUUUUGUGCUAUUUUGAGAAUAUUCAGGUACAUUGUGUCUCCUUUCACAUGAUCUUUCCGGAAGAACACAAUAUAUACAACAAUAGACCUUUUACAAAAAGGACACAAGCAUUCUCUGAAAAUCAACGUUCAAAAGCGACCUCAUGUGGGUGAAGCAGUCAGUGCUUUUAGAAAUGUAAUCUUUACUGAGAGCCAGUUAACAAAUAAAAUACAAUGUGUUGGCACUAAAUUCAAAUGGCAUGUCAUCAGAAUCAAUUAUUUAUCUUUUCAGGCCCUGUCUGGAUAUAUUCAAGUUUUGUUUGUAUUCCUGGAUCAAUGGUUCCAUACCUGUGAGUCAGGACCCCUCAGGGGUCACAAAUACAAUCUGAGGAGUCACAAGAGCUACAAUAGCAGUAUGACACUUGGGUCGGUCAGUCCAUCUAUUAUGUUGCGUCUUUUUGAUGAAGGGUUCAGAAUGAGACAUUGCUUCAUUUCCAGGGGUUACUAGCCAAAAAAGAUGCUCUAGAUUUAUUCAUUCAUAGAUAGAGAAAUGUUUUGCACACAUUAUUCAUCAAAAUGUUUUACAAGUCAGGACACAACUGUA